UAAUUACUGUGAAUGCAAGAAUGAAAUGAACGUCAAUAAUCAGUGUUCUCUAAGUCAGGAUAGUAAACUGCAUUUUCCAACGCACAGUGGUCAGCAUUUUCUUGUCUGAUAGUACAGCAAAUAGCGUUUAAUGUUAUAAUUGAUACUGUUUCUGGACAAACCUUUGAAGAGGAAGCUGAGAGAUUCAUUAGGUUGUGAAACUGUAUAACUUAAAGCACUGACAUUGCCAAAUGACUGUUCCUACUACUUACUGAAAACUUUUAAGUUCCAACUGGAAAUAUUCGAAUGUUAAAGGAGACAUGGAGUGAACAAAGCCUUUUCAUUUUUCGGCAAGUGUUUACGAUGGGGGAGAGAAUCUCUGCAAACAAUUCUUCAAUUGGAGCCUGUUUCCAGAGACUGAACAUGAGUAUACCAGACAAGGGGAUUACAUCGCCAUGGUUUUCAACUACUUUUGCCUUAAUUGGACUCUUCUCAAACCUUAUUGCCUUCUGUGUCCUUGUGAAUGCUUAUCAAAAGACCCACAGUCGGUCACGGUCCUCCUUUCUCAUUUUCUUGUGUGGCUUGGUGGUGACGGACUUCAUGGGACUUCUGGUGACUGCUUCAGUGGUUUGUUCCUACCACUUCACAAAAUUUGAAUGGGCAGAAGUGGACCCUAAGUGCCAUCUGUGCAACUUCUUUGGACUGUCUAUGGUUUUUUAUGGUUUGUGUCCUCUACUUCUUGGGGCAUCUAUGGCAGUAGAAAGAUUCAUUGGGAUUAACAAACCUUUUGAAAGAUCAGCAAACAUGUCCAAGCGUCGUGCUUUCUUGACAGUGUUGAUGGUCUGGAUAUUUGCCUUUUGUUUAGGGUUGUUGCCUAUUGUGGGACUUGGAAGCUACACCUUGCACUAUCCAAAGUCCUUUUGCUUCUUGUCUUUAUCACAUGACAUUAUGAGUAUUGCCUUUGGCAUGAUUUUUUCAUUAGUAGGAAUACUAUCUGUAGUUCUUUCCUUUGUGCUGAACACUAUUAGUAUCGUGACUUUGUGUAAAGUGUGCUUUGAUCGGAAUUCUGUUCAAAGGAGGAGAGACAGUGAAGUGGAAAUGAUGGUACAGCUUGUAGGCAUCAUGUUAAUUGCUAGUGCUUGCUGGUUGCCAUUGCUGAUAUUUAUUGCACAGACUGUUCUACAGGCACCUCCCCAAGGAGUACCUCAAGACAUCCUCCCUCCAGAAACAAACAAGUACCUGCUAAUCUAUAUCCGGGUGGCAACAUGGAACCAGAUACUGGACCCUUGGGUUUACAUCUUAUUCAGAAGGUCGGUUCUCAGAAAAAUGUAUCCAAAGUUAAGUUCAAGGCCAUCUAUUGUCUCCUUGUACCCAGAAUACAGCAUGUCACUUAGAAGGAAGCUAACCCAGGAGUCUGUGAUUCACUGAUGCCCAUCCAAUAUGUGGGAUGUUGGUGGUACCCAGUAUUUGUAUCACUAGGUGCCACUGGUGAUAGGAAGUGCUGCUCAAUGGAUUGUCUUGAAGGACUAAAGUAUUUAAACCUGCAACUAGAGCUUAUAACUCUGGGAUACUAUGUGUGCCUCCAUACUAGCUUCUUUCUUCUUCUACCCCAACAAUGAACUUUCAGAGCUAACUGUCCUUGAAUGGGGUACAUACAUAAUACUGAUGACUUUCAAGGCAUUGCUAACAGAGUCCAUUGAUGUAAUUUACUCUGUCUUAUCCAUCUGAAAUAUUCUAGCAGUUAGAAUGAGCCAUUUCAUCCUAAUGGAAUCAAGAGCCAUUCAGUUAUAACUUUUCUCUUCUUUUUCCCUAAUUUUUAAGGACUUUACCAUUUCUGCUCAGGAGUUUACAUUAAUGACUGAACAGGAACAUAUUGUAAGUCCCACACUGUGACAGCAGUUAAAGGACAAUCUUAGUUUUGUCUAAACAUUGCACCUUAUUUGACUAAAGGUCACGAACUGUGAAGAUGAGUCCAUGUUUCUUUGUAUGUUUUUGUAGAGGCUCCAUUAAUUUGCCCCCAGGUUGAGGCAAGAACUUCAUGUCUUGCUAAAGUACUACAGCAAGAAACUAUGCGCAGCUUUAUUACUGGUUCAGGAUCAACUUCUCAUUUGGUCAUUGAAGGGGCUAAGGGGCUAAAGAAGAGGAGGAAAGGAAUGCAGAAACAGUUAAUAAGGUGUGCCUAAAUGUUGUUCAUAAAUGGUGAAAAAGGAUUAAUUUCUGGGUAAUCAGUUGACUCGGAGCAUAUGGCCAGUCUUCAGGAGUGAGAUGCAAACCACAACAAAGGAGGGGGAAAGGCCUACGAGUGAUCCAUACAACUAUUCAUCACUCACAAGUGAUGAGAAAUAGCCUGGAUCAUCUUGUAGCAUUUUAUUUGGUUUGUUUUAUACAACUUUCUGACAGUUUUUGAGUUGUAAUGAUUUGUCAGUAUUUUGAUGUAUAUUACCCUCUGUGUUUUUAUUUUCAAAUCCAUUGUUGUUUUUUAUAAAUUGGAUAUGGAAUGUGAUGUCAUCCUAAUUGGGAAUGUUGUUUUCUGACUGAUAAGCAUUCUGUCUGACAUAACCACCUUCCUUAUAUAUCAAUAUGCAUAAUGUAAUACUUUACAGUGGAAACAAAACCAAGAAUUAUUUACAGCUUUGUCAGUUAUGUAUGCUAAUUAAACAGAACCAGUGAAGAGCACUGACUGGUUUAUUUGUAAAAUUACAGUAACUGUAAGUGAGAACUGUCCUAAAAAUGGCCAUGUUAUGAUACAAAAUUAUAUUUGUAAUUGGCACAUUACAGAUACAAACUGUAAAGCCUCAUAUUUAAUGUGGCUAACCAAACAGUAGUAAUGCAUUCCUCUAAGUAUAAUACAAGUUAUUAUGAAUUGUUCUGUAGGAUGUGAAAGCUCUUGCUUUGUAAAUUGUCUCCAAUGAAAUAACCUGUGCUUAAUUUAUAAGAACUGUUUUUGUUUCUUAUGUGAAUAUAUUCAGUUGCAUGCAGAAAAAAAUCCAUUGACAGUAGUAAGAGUGCCAUUGGGUUUCUGUUUGUCUGUGUUUAUCCAUCUGUGUGGAUGGUAACAUUGUAAACAGUAUGCAAGUACAUCUGGGCCUGUGCAUGCUUACAUGAGCUAACUGCCCUGAAGGUAUAGUGUCAUUACACCUAAAGUCACAAGAAGUCAUCCGUGUGUUUUAAGAAGUCCCCAGGUUUCAUGAGAUAUGGACAUACUCUGGUUGCUUUGGGUGGACUGCACACUAGUGUUUGUGAACUGAUCCAUGCUUCCUGGCUUAAAACUGAAGUUCACAUUUCUCUCAGCUUCAGACAAUGAAAGUAAGCAUUUUUUUCUGAAUACUUUUAUUGCAAAGAGUGAAUUUGUAGGUAUCUUGUGUCGUUAGUCUGUAUGAUACUACUGCUGUAUGAAUAAAAAUGUUAACUCAAAACAAGGAAGUCAUAAGGAGACAUUGUACUUGUCCUGUUUUAUUGUGUGUGUGUAGUGUGUGUGUAUGUGUGUGUGUGUGUGUGUGUGUGUGUGUGUGUGUGUGUGUCUUCCUCCUCACUGCUCCCCAAAACUGAUUUUCCCCCUCCGCUCUGAUUUUCUCUUUUAUAGCCUACAGACUGUUCCCUCUAUCAUUCUUUACACCACAUUUUUUGUUCCCUCUAUCAUUCUUUACACCAUAUUUUUUGUUCCCUCUAUCAUUCUUUACACCAUAUUUUUUAAGACCUUGACAUGAUGCUAUUCAGUGAUUAUAGCAGUAAAAUGAGGGUGCCAUUUCAUCGGUAGUUCCACAUCUAACAGUAGCACUCUUCAUUUAGAUGUUCACUAAUUCAUAACCAAACAUUAAAAAAUAAAGCAAAAACUAAACAAGAUAUGUUUUUUUAUAUUUUUUAAGCUUAAACAGAUUUUUCAGUGUUAUAUGCAGAAUUGUAGCUUCCCAAGAAAGUUGAUUUUUCGUAUCCCACUCUCCCCAAUUUAACUUUCAGUGAGCACUAUAAUUUAUAUAUAUUUGUACAAGACGAAAAGACAUGCAGUAUGUCUGCUAUCUUUGAUCGGCAAUAGAGACAAUAUUUUGAGUAGUAUGAAUUAAAUUUAUUUAGAAAUCCAGGAGUAAGAUAUGCAUUAUUAUUAAUCAUAAGUUGAGUGUACAUUAAGUUUUUAAAAAGGGUAAGUUUGAGUGUGUUUUCUAUCGCUUGAACUUUUUGUUCAUUAGUAAUAGCAUUAUUUUUUCCACUCCAAAAAUUUGAAUAGAGUAUUGAAUAUUGAUAUUUUAUUGCAGAAUUUUCUUUGAAUACUAUGAAUAUCAUUUUCUUUUUGUAGGACAAACGUUUUAAAAUCCCCUGAACUGAAAUAGAAUCCUGUUCAUUCAUAUUAAGAUUAUGAAAUUUUGUAUCCGUUAAAACUUUGAUUUGUCUGAUUAUUAUGUCAUACUUUUUCUGAUCACUAUUUGUGCAAUAUUAAAAUUAUACAUAGCUCAAAACUGAGUUGACAGAACACGAGUGUCUUGGGGAGGUUUUGUAAACAUGGCUGUGAAGUACAUAUCCUCUCAUAAAUUAGUAAUCAAAAACAAAAACAAAUUAUCCUAUUAUUAAAAGUAUUGGGGUAUAUUACUGGAAACUCUGCUUAAAAAACAGAAACGAAGGAUGCCAUAGUAAUUAAUUUUGAAUUUUGACACAAAACUUGCCUCUUCCUCCCCCAGUCUAACAAAACUGUAACUAUAAAUCAAAAUUAUUGUAGAAGUUAACUUAGGCCAAAGUUAUUUUUUAAGUUUCAUCAUUCCCCAUUUCCAAAAUAUAUACUCUAAAAGUUUUCAUGGUGAUGACAUAUUGUGAAUAGCUAUAAAUAGUUGCUUUUAUUUUACUUCUCCAUUGCUUCUAUAACUGCACAAAUUAUUUACUUAAAUGGGACAAUUCCAUGUCAAUUAACAAUCAUUUUGAAAUGAGUAUGUUGUUGUAAAUAAUUCUUGUAUUGUAUUUACACUUAAGCAGUAUGUUCCAUACAAAAUGUUUAGAGAUUUUGUACUAUAAGUACCCAUGUUAUUAUCGUUGUUUUUUCUUGUAUUAAAAAUAAAAUAUUCUAUUUGAAAAAACUGAACAAAAUAGAAAGGAGGGCUACAGUAUGAAAUAAUUGUUUUUUGCUAAGUUUUAUUAGUGAAAAUACAGUUUUCUCUAGCUGUAAUACUACACAUUAAGUGUUGCUUCCUUUUAAGGCUUAUUUUAUCUUUUUGCCUUUCUGACUAUCCAUCCAAAUCCACUACCCUGUCAAUUCAUUUAUUUACCCGCCCUGGCCAGUUAUGACCUGAUCUGUUGUUGUUGGAGUUGAAAGUUAACUGAUAGUUAGCCAUCAUCAAUGGUAGCUCAUUUCUUUCUCUCUAGGUCUUACUUCCUCAUUCCUCUGCUGCCUGACAAAUUCUGUGCAGUGAAUGCUGUAUCAAGGCUUCAAGAUUAAAUGCUUUCACUCUUCUGGGCUUCUCUCCAAUUCAUCACUGUUUGUAUUUUGGAAGGUUAUUGCCCCCAGUGGCCAGUGUCAUCUUCCUAACCUUUUCCAAGGGUCACACUGUUCAAUAAGAAGUCAGUUUCCAGCAAGUGUUUCCUUGGGAUAAGUAAUCAUACCUCUCAACUGUACAGAUUUUCG